ACGUUCCGCCUCCGUUGCCCCUAGCGGCUGUUUGUUGACUUCCGGGGACGCGGUAGUAGCCGAUGUCCGGGGUGUCGCUAUGGGGGCCUGGGGGGCUUCCGCGGCCCGCGUCGGGACUAAGCCGCUGCCAUAGGCCCCACCGAAUCGCCCCUGCCACCUUUCCAGUUCAGGUGCAGGCUCCCCGCACCGCCCUCGGCAUGGAGGAACCCGAGGAGGUGGUGCCCGGUUCGGGUGCUGUGUUUACAUUUGGAAAAACUAAAUUUGCUGAAAAUAUUCCCAGCAAAUUUUGGUUUAAAAAUGAUAUACCUACAUUUCUUUCAUGUGGAGAUGAACAUACUGCUAUUGUUACAGGAAAUAAUAAACUUUACAUGUUUGGCAGUAACAACUGGGGCCAGUUAGGAUUAGGAUCAAAGUCAACUGUCAACAAGCCAACGUGUGUCAAAGCUUUAAAACCUGAAAAAGUGAAAUUUGCUGCCUGUGGACGGAACCACACCCUAGUUUCAACAGAAGGAGGCAAAGUAUACGCAGCUGGAGGAAAUAAUGAAGGACAGCUGGGACUUGGUGACACUGACGAGAGAAACUCUUUUCAUCUAAUUAGCUUUUUUACUUCCCAGCGUAAGAUUAAGCAGCUCUCUGCUGGAUCCAAUACUUCAGCUGCACUAACUGAGGAUGGAGAGCUUUUUAUGUGGGGUGACAAUUCUGAAGGGCAGAUUGGUUUAAAAAAUAUGACUAAUGUGUGUGUCCCUCAACAAGUGACUGUCGGAAAACCUAUCUCUUGGAUCUCUUGUGGAUAUUACCAUUCAGCUUUUGUAACAACGGAGGGAGAACUGUACACAUUUGGAGAACCGGAGUGUGGGAAGCUAGGUCUUCCCAAUCAGCUGCUGGUCAAUCACAGAAUGCCCCAGCCGGUGCCUGGAAUUCCCGAGAAGGUGGUCCAAGUAGCUUGUGGUGGAGAGCACACCGUGGUUCUCACAGAGAAAGCCGUGUAUACCUUUGGGCUGGGACAGUUUGGUCAGCUGGGUCUUGGUACCUUUCAUUUUGAAACUUCGGUACCCAAAGUCGUUGAGCAUAUUAAGGAUCAGAAAAUAAGUUCUAUUUCCUGUGGAGAAAAUCACACAGCUCUGAUAACAGAUGUAGGUCUCAUGUAUACGUUUGGAGACGGCCGGCAUGGGAAAUUAGGACUUGGACUGGAGAAUUUUACCAAUCAGUUCAUUCCCACUUUGUGCUCUGAUUUUUUGAGGUUUAUAGUUCAACUGGUGGCUUGUGGUGGGUGCCACAUGCUUGUUUUUGCCACUCCACGACUCGGUGGGACAGAAGAAAUGGAGUUAGAAGAGAUAAACGAUUCUUACCUCCCUGCAGCACCUCCUCUGCCCCUCAGCGAUCUGAGCUCAGGGAAUGUACUGAACAGAACUCCGUCAGCACGUGUGCGGCGAAGAGAGAGGGAGAAAUCACCCGAUUCUUUUCAAAUGACACGAACUCUACCUGCAGUUGAAGGAACUUCUGUGCCACCAGUUUGCUUUUCCCCCAGGCCAGUUCCUGUCUAUAUGUCUGCAAGUAAAUGGCCAGGGAAAAUGAUACUUGAAAAGGAGGACCCCAUGCUGCCAGUGGAACCAGAUUCUUUUCAGGAUAAAAUGGCCAAAGGGAAAGAGACAGACAGUUCUUCAGCAGCAGAUUCAGGAAGCCUUGGAGAAACUACUGAUGUCUUAAAUAUGACACAUAUGAUGAGCCUGAAUUCCAAAGAGAAGUCAUUAAAAUUAUCACCAAUUCAAAAACAAAAGAAACAAGAAACAAUUGAGAAACCGAAGCAGCGUACAGCUCACUCUGGAAAUGAUGAUAGUGGAGGAUUUGCAAGUGACGAGAUGUCUAAAACAGUGAAAGAGGGGAAAGCCUAUAAACAACUUUUGGCCAAAGGAAUGUACAUGAUGCCAGCAGCUGUGACUAUGGAAGCAUUUUCAGAUGAGGACGUAGGUAAUGACCCAGGCCAGCCUGGGCCUUGGGCUGACACCCGUGCAGGGCGUGUGCCAAGAGAGCUAUUUAGACGUGAAAGUAAGCGCUGUAUUUAUCCGCCUGACGGUAAGGCCAUAGCAAAGGCAAGUGAUGGAGGCCAGAGGCAGAAGGAUCCAGACGCAAAAGAAACGGUGUGUGAGAAGGAAACUGAGCUGGUGGAAAUGGCAGAUCUGGAGGCUAGGAGACGAAGCGAAGAGAAUUUAAGAAAUCUUAAUAUGUUCUUUGAUGACUUACCAAAUAGAGAUGUGAUUUUUGACAGCGAAAGAGAAUCUAUAGAGGAGCCAGACAGUUACCUGGAAGGUGAAAGCGCAAGUCAGCAAGGUACCGCUGACAGCUUCGAGCAGGCCGAGUCAGUAGAAGUCAGUAGUGGAGAGGAGGGUGACGAAGUGGAAGCUGACCCAAACCUGUGGUAUAGCAGGACGUUUUUCGAGCGAGGACAUGAGGAAGAGGCUGAAUACAGAAUAUCCAAAUUCAUGGCAAAGUAUGAUUUUAAGUGUGACCGCUUGUCAGAGAUCCCCGAAGAGCAGGAAGGAGCGGAGGAGUCAGAAGGAAGUGGAAUAGAGCAGCGAGAGGUAAAGGCAAGUGAGGCCAAUGUGAAGUUGCCUGCAAGAAAACGGGAGGAGGAAAUAGAGAUCCUGUCAGACGUCCUGACAGACGUCCUGACGGACAGAGCAGAGGAUCAUGAAUUUUCAGAUGAAGAACUAGAGGACAUGGAUGAGGAAAUUGAUGAAUAUCCGGAAGGCAAGAAGAACAUGCCAGCAGAUGAAGCCAGCGACAAUUCAGCUGAAAAGGACGAGAAAACCAACCAAGAGGAACGGGCUAUUUGUGAAUACAAUGAAAAUCCAAAAGGAAACAUGCAUGACCAUGCGAAGAGCAGUUCUUCAGAAGUCCUGGAAGAUAGUGAAUCAACACCAAGUAAAGACGUCAAAAAAUCAAAGAAGAUUUUCCUCUUUAAAAGGAUGUCAUUGACGAGUCAGAAAAGUAUGCAGAGUAAUAAUGAGCCACUCCCAGAGAUAAAACCAAUAGGAGACCAAAUAGCUUUUAAAAGCAGUAAGAAAGAUGCCAACCAGAACCACAUGGGGCAAAGUCGUCAGGAUACUUCACCCCCAAAUAUGGAGAGAAGGUCAAAAUCUUGUACACUGCUAUAAAUAUACAUUUAUGUUUCCGUGGUCACCAAGCACAUUGUAAUUUAUACUUGAAAAACAGUUUGACUUCUGAAGGAAAGUUUCUGAUAACAAACUUUUAAAGAUACAAGUUUAAUAAUAUGUUUUAUUUGGUUUGAAUAUUACGACCAGUUUGGUAUUUAUUUAUGCUAAUAUUUUUGACAAGCAAUUUUAAAAAUACGUGUAUCUCAAACUCUCCUUCAAGUGUUGUGGCCUUAACUGUUCAGUGUUUCAAUAAAAUAUAUAUUUUUAUAUGUGAAGUUUAAAUUAAAAUAUUUCAUAGUUUUUACUAAACAAAUUCUUUAUAAUUUCAUAAGGCAACAUUUGCAAUCUCAUGACACUGUAACAGUUUUUAAUGUAUUUGCCAUUUUA